CCGCUGAGUCCGCUCACUGCAGCCGUCUAGGUGUUUACUUUCGCCUACAUUUCAUGCGAGGCGAGGCGAAUCUCAAACGAGCCUAAUAUGUUAAGAGUAUGUCUCUCUAUUUUAAUAGUAGGAAUCGAUUCUCUAAAAUACGGAGCAAGCGUUAUCGGAACCUUUAUAAUGAAUUUACCUGUGGCUACUUGAGAACAAAGGUGGUAGAUUUUGUACAUUUGUACGUAAUUAAAUGUUGAUCAAGGUGAGUGGUCAGUCGAGAUGUUUUACAAGGUGACUUCCUCAUUCAUAUUUUCCCUUAAAGACGUAGGCCUAUAGUUCUUUAAUAUGUUUGGUAUCUUUAUUUUAAAGCCAAUUAAUGUGGUUUCAUUGGUGUUCAGAUUUUGAAAACGGUUUGUUAACGGGUUGGAUUCUGAAAUCGGGUUAAUCGCAAAAUCCGUCCUACUUUUGAUUGAAAAGAAGAAGAAAAAAAAAGAAAAAAAUCAGGAAUAUCCUGAUUCCAGCAGAAGGAUGGAUUUUAGGAACAAAAAUGUAACUUUAAAUACAACAUUAUAGUUAGUUAUAGUAUAGAUAGUUUUACUUAGCUAGUUAAGUCUUUAAGUACAAUAAGUUAUAAGAAGAGAUUUUGAUGCCAUAAAAUAAGUGCCCCCAAACAGCAUUAAUAUCUAACAAAAAUAAUAUAUUUCAUUGUAACUUUAUUUUUAUUUGAAUCUUUUUAUUAUUUUUAAUCAUUGUAUUAAACUACACUGGCACAUACAUCAGAGAUUAACCAGUCAAAAGUAGUUUCUAACAAUUGCAUCCCUAAUUGCAUGUAUAUUUGUUUUUGUUAGUAAUAUAGUAUUUUAUAUUACUUUAUAUUUUAUAGUAAUUUUGGUAUUUGGUAAUAUGGAAAAAGUGUGUGUGGCUCAGAGUGAUCCAAUACAAUUUUGCUUUGAAAAACCAGCACAAAAGUAAGAUGGAUUACCUUAUCCUGAAUAGCAAAACAUGGGAUUUCUAAAUCUAGGUAAUUCUGAUCCAGGUUAAACUUUUUGAACAACUGGGCCCUGUUUCCUCAACUCUCAGGAUCCGUUAAGAUAAAUUAUUGUUUAAUGUUGUUAAAUUAUUGUUGUCAUUUCCAUCCAGAGUCAGUGGUGGAGAUCAGAUUCCGUUUCAACUGUUCAGCUUCAUGAUGGAUGAGACACAAACAUCUAGAGAUGAAGAUUUUUCUCCAGGAUUCAGUCCAGUUCAGCAGAAGAUAUCAGAACCAGAGCCCAGCUGUGUGUCUAUGAGGAGUGAUGAGUCUAUUUGGAUUCCAGUUAAUUUUAACACAACACUUGGACUCAAGUCAGUCCUGCCUAAAAAUAAUGACCAGUCUAUGAAUCAACUGCAGGACUUUAAUAAAAGCACAUAUCCUGUAUUCAGCCAUGAAGUCCUCAACAGAUUUAGGUCAAAUCUGACAAAGAAGUUUGGGUGUUUGUAUGAGGGAACAACAAAUCAAGGAAACCCAACACUCCUGAAUGAGAUCUACACAGAGCUCUACAUCACAGAGAGUGAAAGUGGAGAGAUCAGUAAUGAGCAUGAGGUGAGACAGAUUGAGACACAGUCCAGGAGAGCAGAAACAGAGGACACACCGAUCAAAUGCAGUCACAUCUUUAGACCUUUACCUGGACAAGACAAACCCAUCAGAACUGUGCUGACAAAGGGAGUCGCUGGCAUUGGAAAAACAGUCUCUGUGCAGAAGUUCAUCCUGGACUGGGCUGAAGGGAAAGAGAAUCAGGACGUCCAGCUCAUAUUUCCACUUCCUUUCAGAGAGCUCAAUUUGGUGAAGGACAAAAAACUCAGUCUUUCGGAUCUUAUUCAUAUAUUUUUCCCUGAAGCUAAAGAAAUUGACAUUUUUAGUGAUGAAUAUAAAGUGUUGUUCAUCUUUGAUGGUCUGGAUGAGUGUCGUCUGUCUCUGGAUUUUCAGAGCGAUGUGAGGUUGUGUGAUGUGACUGAAUCAGCCUCAGUGGACGUGCUGCUGACGAACCUCAUUGCGGGGAAUCUGCUUCCCUCUGCUCUCAUCUGGAUCACCUCCAGACCAGCAGUAGCUGAUCUCGUCCCCUCUGAGUGUGUCCAUCGAGUGACAGAGGUACGAGGCUUCAGUGACCCACAGAAGGAGGAAUACUUCUGGAAGAGAAUCAGUCACAAGAGACUUGCCUACAGGAUCAUCUCACACCUGGAGUCAUCAAGGAGCCUCUUUAUUAUGUGUCACAUCCCAGUGUUCUGCUGGAUCUCAGCCACUGUUCUAGAGAAGAUGUUGAGUGAAGCACAGAGUGGAGAGAUUCCCAAGACUCUGACUCAAAUGUACACACACUUCCUGAUCCUUCAGACCAACAUCAAACAUGGGAAGGACUAUGAGAAGAAAGUGAAAGAUGAAGACAUUAUCCUAAAACUGGGGAAACUGGCAUUUCAGCAGCUUGUGAAAGGCAACCUGAUCUUCUAUGAGGAAGACCUGAGAGAGUGUGGCAUUGAUGUGACAGAAGCAUCAGUGUACUCAGGAUUGUGCACUCAGAUCUUCAGAGAGGAGUUGGGCUUGUAUCAGGGGAAAGUCUUCUGCUUUGUUCAUCUGAGCAUUCAGGAACAUCUAGCAGCUCUAUAUGUGCAUCUCUCCUUUAUAAACAAUAACAUCAAUGUGUUUGACCAAAUCACCAAACAAAGUUUGUUGUCUAAAUUUAAAGACUGGUUUCAACUCAUGUUUAGACGUGUUUCAUUGUCUGAGCUGCAUCAGAGAGCUGUGGAUGAGGCUCUACAGAGUAAAAAUGGACACCUGGACCUUUUCCUGCGGUUCCUCUUGGGUCUGUCAGUGGAGUCUAAUCAGAUUCUCCUACAACAACUAAUGAAACUGACAAGAAGCAGCUCUGACAGAAAUGACAAAUCAGUUGAGUCCAUCAAGAAGAAGAUCAGGAUCAUUGACUCUCCAGAGAAAUCCAUCAAUCUGUUCCACUGUCUGAAUGAACUAGGUGACCAUUCACUAGUGGAGGAAAUACAACAGUAUCUGACAUCUGGAAGAAUGAAGGAAGCCAAACUCUCUUCAUCUCAGUGGUUGAGUUAUUGUGGUGUCACAGAUGAAGGUUGUGCUGUCCUGGCCUCAGCUCUGAGAUCAAACCCCUCACACCUUAGAGAACUGAAUCUGUCUUGGAAUAAACUAAAAGAUUCUGGAGUGAAUUUACUCUCUACUGUACUGGAGAAUCCUCACUGUAAACUGGAGAUAUUGUGGUUAAGAUAUUGUGGUAUCACAGAUGAAGGUUGUGCUGCUCUGGCUUCAGCUUUGAGAUCAAACCCCUCACACCUGAGACGACUAGAUCUGUCUGAUAAUAAAAUAGAAGAUUCUGGAGUGACUCUUCUCUGUUCUGUACUCAGUAUUCCUCAAUGUAAACUCGAGAUGCUGUGGUUGAGUAAUUGUGGUUUCACAGAUGAAGGUUGUGCUGCUCUGGCUUCAGCUCUGAGAUCAAACCCCUCACACCUAAGCGAUCUGAAUCUAUCUGGGAAUAAUUUACCAGAUUCUGGUGUGCUUCUCUCUGCUGUACUGGAGGAUUUUCUCUGUAAACUGGAGAAACUGUGGUUGAUAUGUUGUGGUGUCACAGAUGAAGGUUGUGCUGCUCUGGCUGCAGCUCUGAGAUCAAACCCUUCACACCUGAGACAACUGGAUCUGUCUAAGAAUAAACUUCAAAAGUCCGAAGUGAAGUUACUUUGUGAUCUAAAGGAUGAUCGACAUUAUAAACUGAAGGAACUAUACUAUUGACUCUCACUAUUUAGAUGUCAGUCCAGUUUCGUCAGGAACAGCUAAUGGUGAAUAAAGACCCCCCCCUCAAAAAGAAAAAAAGGAAGAUUUUUAAAAAGGUUUCUGAGUUUUGUUUCUACGCCAAAUUUUGUCAGUGUACAGAGAUGUCACAGUCACACAAUCAACAGAGACUGAAGAAACUGUGAUUCUUCUUAUUAUGUCCAGAGAUGUAUUCUUUUUUAUUGUUGCUGGUGAGUUUAUUGAGGUCACAGGUUGGUAGUAUUGUUGUGUAACUGUAUUUCUGUGUAUUAUUGUGUGUUUUCCUUGUGUUUCUUCCUCUCUGUUUCUUUGGCUAUUCCCACCGGUUCUCGUUGGCAGGAAACCGAUCGUCCCCUGCUGCAUCUGCUUGAGGCAGCAUAAAAGCAGAAGAGAAGCUUACAGACAUUGGGAGAACUUGCCUAAGACAAUUUUCUCCAGAGUGUUGUCUGUGACCUGACAAACCUUUUGUAAAUAGCUGUAUAUUCUCAUAAUUAAGAAUGACUGUGUAUUACUUUCUACUCUGUGGUAAUGUUAGUUCAAUUACUCUGAGGGAGUUUUCAACCUUCUUCAAGAAAUUAUGCAACCUGAGCAGCGUUUAUGUUGUAAAACUGUAUAUGAUUGUAUAUAUCUCACAAAAAAAUGAGCCCGCGUCCAAAGUAUAAUUUUUCAAAAUGCAGUUUUAUAUCCUCCAGCUAUUGUCAUUUUAGUAAAUCUCAGGAACAAAACUUUUAGCCAAUGCCACGAUCCAGCAAAGUGUGUGCUGUUUAUCUUUCGCAUGCGUGCACACCUACACAGACACACAUCUGUCUCGAGUCUCGACCAUUAACACAGCAAGCCAUAUUAUAAUUGUAUAUAUUAUUAUUUUAUAAUUGCAUAAAAUGAUCCCCAAAAAAUGCACAAACACAGCAGAGAUGCCAAAUUCAGCGGCUGGAAUUAGCUGAGGUAAAGUGACAGCUCACAGACAGCAGCGGCAAAUCUGUCACUCAAGUGACCACACCCUGAAUUAUGGAGAACUUUAAGGCUUAAUAUAAUUUAAACAGAUGAGUUAUAAAAAAAAUUCACCCCCCUCAGAGUUGUCAUGAAGGGCAAUAUUAGCUGUAUAGACCAAAACCACAAUCUGAUCUAGGUUGUAAACAUGUUUUUUUCUGCUGUAAAGUUGGCCGUUUUAACAUGAGACUCAAUGAGAUUCUGCUCUCUUUUGGAGUCUGUCCCUAGCGGCCAGUCGAUGAAUCGCAAUUUAAGUCACUUCCGUAUUGGCUUCAAGAGAAACUGGGGGAGGUUGCCGCUUGCAGCAAACACUGCCGGUAUUUGUUGAAUGCUGAGCUGCAGCUCAUUGGCCACUGAUGCAACAACAACCAAUCAGCUGUGCUAUGUAGAUAAUGACGUGAUAGCUACCAAACGAGUUAUACCUAUCAGCAUGUGCCAUCUAGAGUUUUAUGCCAGAACUAUGUAAUUCUGUCAUGACAACUCUCGGGAGAUUGGUAUGGUAAUAGAGAUUGGCAUGGAUAUGGCAAUGUUAAUGUAUUUGGUCUCGGUGGAAUAGAUCUGCUAUACUGCUGCUGCUGCUGCAGAGCAAGUACUGAGACUUGCUACUACCAACACAUUCACAGGCAUUGCUAUGAGCAUGUAAGACAUGCUGCUGCUGCUGCUGCACAUGUAACAUGCAUGAAUUAACUCCCUAACGAAACAGGAAACGAGAAAAGAGCAGAGCCCUCUUCAUCACAAACAUCUAAUAAGAUAAUGUACAGGUUGUGCAGCCAUGCCAAUAAAACUGUUGUGCAACAGCUGAAAGACUAUUGCUAUACAUUGGUAAAGCAACUUUUUAACCCUACACAGUUGCACAGGGUAAUGGGAGAAAUAGACAAUACAAGUAACAUACAUUUGAUGUUGAGUGAGAAAACAACUGCUGCAUAGGACACAAUGAUGACAUAAACAGGAGACAGGAAGAGAUAGG